AUGGGCAUGCGCGAUCUGGUGACCGGUCGCGCCGGCUGCGCGGCGCCGGGUUCGUCGUCCUCAUCCGCCAAACCCCUCAGCGCCCUCGCCGACGCCGUGCUCGGCUCCUCCUCCACAUCUGAGAUGAGAAAGGAACUUUCAGGAUCAGCAGUAUGCCAGAAAGCUUCUUUUGAUUCACCGAUGCCCGUUCCUUUAUCAACACUUCCAGGCUCCGAGGAUGAGAUCAAGCAAGGUCAGGGACCUAUUAGAAGCAUGAAGGGCACCGACUUCAUUAGUGGGCAUCAUGGAGACACCUAUGGUGAAAUUUUUCAAGCCACAACCCCUUCUGUUCCUGAACACAGAAUGAUCGAGCCUCACCUUGGAGAGCUGGAGCAAAUUGAUAGUGCUACUGGUCCACCAGAGAUGGCUGUUCCCCCUCUAUUGCCUCAAAGUCCAUUUCAACAAUACAAUUUAUCAGAAAAUGGACAGGAAGAAUAUUCAGGAGCAAAGGAUGGAUUGCUGGAUCAUAUAGAUAAUCUUUAUGAUGAUGAAAUGAGAUCCUCUGGAAACAUAAGCAACGAAGUCAAUAGUUGGCUGUCUGUGUUUGAACAGGGAAUACAUCCACGAGUCAUGAGCGAUGACGAGCUGUCAGGUGAUGGAUGGUUGUUAUUUCUGCGGAUUGCCAUCAGCCACCUGGGUGGACUUUCCCAACCAAGGUUUCUGGAAGAGCAGAUCACCUGUCAGGAUCAGGUUACUGGGCAUCGAGUAUGGAUCAAGCUACAGAAACACUCUGGCUGGUCGGUUAAACUGGAAGCUACGCGGCACCGCCUCUUCGAGGCCCUGCAGGAUGCGGCGAUGCUGGCCGUUAUUACCAUGAGGCAGCAUUUCCCUUGCGAGUUCGCAGGCACUCCGUUUGAAGUUCUGCCUGUGGCGCCUGGGCAGAGGGGCAGGCGGCUAGACGAUGGUGCCGCGGUCGUCCGCGGCGGUGCUGUGGCUUCUGCUUUUAUUGGCCUCGAUCACGAUGAUGUCCAACCUCUUCUUGUGGUCAGCUUCAUGUCCCUUUUCCAUGAGCGUUCCGAGUCUUUGCUACGUCUGAGGGAGCACGCGUUGAAGGAGCGGUUGCUGAUCGCUGAGGUAGAGAAGAUGUUGGAAGAGCUCGAUGGUUCCCCAACCCAAACUCAGGAGUUGGAUCAAAGAAUUGCGGAGCUGAAAAGGAGGGCGGGAGAGAUGCAUGGACUUCCUGCCGAUGCUGUCAAAGGAUACAUUGGUUGGUCUGUGUUCGUCUCUAAAGGCGCAGCAGAAGAUGAAGCCAUUGGAGGAUGGAAAUGAGGUACCACCUGCAAUUGCAAGCUCCGCAGCAGUAUCAGCCAGGGCCAGGCUGUGAGUGAUAUGCAUGCAUUGCACCAGUUUAUAUUCAUCAAUAAUGAUGGUUACAAUCCAACCAACCUGUGUUUUUUUUUGCGGGAGAACCAACCUGUGUUGUUGUAAUUCAUGUACUGCUUUUGGACUUGGAUGGUGUGAUUUAGGGACCCGGACGUGGCGCCAUGAACUCAUGUUGUUGUAAUCUUAGACCCCUGCUUGUGUUGUAAACUGAUGUAUGUGCAAAACCUAAAUGGGCUGUCUGUGACACCAUACAAUAUAUGGUGGCUGUUGAGACAUAUAUGGCAA